UUGCGGUCACCACGCCGCAAGAAAGAAACGUCAGACUGAUAACACCGCGAUAUUUAUUACCAAGCCGGCUCUUAUCAGCGCAACCUUGACCAUGACAGCGCUCCAUCUCGUUCAAGGUCGAACCACCUGUUAACAACACCAAACAUUUCAAAUAACACCGCAGAAAUAGAAAAAUGGAGACGAGCAAAGCAGUGGUAGUGAAAAAGUUCGGCAACUACGACGUCCUCAGUGUGGAGCAGUUCGAACAACCUGCUUUGGAUGGGCGGAUUGAAGUCAAGGUCGAAUAUGGGGGCGUCAACUUCGCCGAUUUGUACACGAGACAAGGGUUGAUGUACCAGAAGAAACUACCCUUCGUUUUGGGGAUGGAAUGUGUGGGUACUAUCACAGCUGUAGGGGUUGAAAGUACAGAUUUACAGGUGGGGCAACGAGUUAUUUGCUACGAUUAUCAUUGCGGUAUGUACCGUGACGUACUACGGGUGGCCCCAGAUAAAAUAUACCCAUUGCCCGACUACAUUACCUUUGAACAAGGUGCAGCCAUUUUUGUGAACUAUCUGACAGCCUAUUUUUCCAUUAUAGAACUAGGGAAUUUAAAGCAGAAUCAAACUGUGCUUAUCAUAUCAUGUGGAGGGGGCGUGGGUUGGGCGGCCACACAACUCUCCAAAAACAUAGAUGGCGUCACCGUCGUGGGAACCACCUCCCCUGAAAAGUACCCCGAAGUCCAGAAAAACGGGGUCGAUAAAACCUUGACUCUCGAUUCAGACUGUGAGAAAAACCUAGCGCAGAUGUGUCCAGGAGGGUUUGAUUUAAUUCUAUCGACGUACGCCGGACCUCUUUACGGGUUUUUGGAAACCCAGUUGAAGCCUCUGGGUCGGAUCGUCUUAAUUGGGGCCAAUAAUUUGAUCCAGAAUGAGAAUAAGUUGUCGGUUUUGACUUUCCUGAAAGGCUGGUGGACAACCAAAAACGUGAGAUUGGAAGACUUGAUUGUUUAUAAUCGGGUGGCAGCGGGGCUUCAUUUAGGCACUCUGAUUGAUAAAGAUCCAGAAAGGGUGAGAGAUGCGUUGAGAAAGAUUUUCGAAAUGGUGAAAGAAGAGAAGUUGAGGGUGAAAAUCCAUGAGGUUCUUCCGAUGGAGAGGGUGGUAGAGGCCACGAAGUUGUUGGCGCAGAGGAAGAAUGUUGGGAAGGUCCUUAUUUCAAUGAGGACGGAAAAGUAGCGUAAUUUUUAUGUAUCGUAGUGCCAUCUACUGCCAAUAUGAAAAUAAGUUAAUUAAAAGUUCUUUUUUAACAA